CCUUGCUCAGCGGCCUCCAGCCGGCUGUUGCCUCUGUUACCACCAGAUUUCUAUCUAGCAGAGACAGCAGGUGGUCACCUCGGAGAUGUGACGUCUUCAUCCCUCCUCCUCCUCCACCACCUGCGUUUCCUACAGUCAAACGGAAAGCAGAGCUGAUGGUUGAUAUAACCGAGCAAAUCACAGGAGCAAAAGGGGAAAAGGGCUGCAGAGGACCCAGAGGACCCAAGGGCCGACCUGGUGUGAUGGGUCCAGAGGCAGAACCUGGACCACCAGGAGUCAUGGGACCACCAGGUCAAAAGGGAGAGAAGGGGGACAGAGGCUGGAGGGGUCUGUACGGAGACAUAGGAACUCCUGGGAUGAUGAAGGGCAGUAAGGGACGUAAAGGCUUCAGGGGUCAUAAAGGUGUGAAAGGAAGAAGAGGACCAAGUGGAGAGAAGGGUGAGCACGGCGUCCCCGCAGCGCCAGGAGAGAAGGGCGACCCCGGCCUGAGGGGCGAUGCAGGGCAGAGAGGUGAACAAGGACCCAGAGGAGAGGCUGGAGGUCGAGGAGCUACAGGGUUUAAGGGACCUCGUGGACCUCCAGGGAGGGUGGGUCAUCCUGGUCCUGCAGGACUGCCUGGUCUGACCGGAGUGGCUGGACGUCCUGGACAAGUGUACAUCCUGCCAGGCCUGCAGGGAGACACAGGAGACCGAGGUCCUCCUGCUGAUUGUAACUGUUCACAGGUUCAAACCCCACAGAGGCAGCUGGACAGAGUCAGCACGAUCUUCAUCGCUGACGGAGAGAAACAGAUGAGGAGGCUGCGGGGGGAGAACAUGAUGGUGCUGCGGACAGACAGAGGAGCUCUGUACAUCUACGCUGACUCUCAGUGGAUCAACGUGCUGGACUCCAGACACUGACCCCGCUCCUUUAACACAGGCUGAAGUUACACCCUGAAGUCCAGCAGCUCAGACUGGGGUCAGACUGGGGUCAUACUGGGACGUCUCCAGGUGUGAAUGAAUGUGUGAUCAGGGUCAUGUUGAAUAAAGCUCAGCCUGUCGUCUGUACAGCUCCUCUCACGUUGUAAUCAUGUUUUUCAGUGAGUCUUAACUUUUCCUCUAACAUGAUUUAUACGUGCACGUUUUCUGAUCCAGCAUGCUGUAACAAUGCUUCAUUUGGAAACACUUAAGCUAACCUUAAAGGGACAGUUCACCCCAAAAUCAAACACACAUUCAUCCUCUCACCUGCUGUUCAUCAGUCUGGAUAGUUUUGGCGUGAGCUGCCGAGUGUUGGAGAUAUCAGCCAAACUACACCUGCCAACCGAAUC